CUCAAAUCUAGGCGAGCUCACAGUCUAUGCCAUUCCAAGUUACCUCCCUUUUGCGUUUCAUUGCUGGUUUUGAUCAAUCUUCUCUCCACCCAUCAAGAAAUGGAAGGAUUUGGUGGAGAUCCAAAGGCUCAAUGGGCCGAAAAUCUCUUCUUAGAGUUUCUUAACACGUUUUCAGUGGAUAUGGGUGUCUCUGCCGUGAGUGGAGAAGUUUCUGGGAGACAGAAGUUAUACGAGGCAGAGCUGGAAUCAAUGAGAGCCAGAGAGUCUACCACUUUAUAUGUCGAUUUCAGCCAUGUCAUGCAGUUUGAUGACACCCUGCAGCAGGCCAUUUCUGACGAGUUUCUAAGGUUUGAGCCAUAUCUGAGAAAUGCAUGCAAGAGAUUUGUAAUCCAGCAUAGACCUACUUACAUAACAGACGAUGAUCCCAACAAGGAUGUAAAUCUAGCAUUCUACAAUAUUCCUACUCUGAGAAGGCUGAGAGAUCUAACUACUGGUGAAAUUGGGAAACUAGUAGCUGUAAGUGGAGUAGUAACUCGAACAAGUGAGGUGCGACCUGAGCUCUUACAGGGGACUUUUAAGUGUCUGGAUUGUGGAGGAGUGAUCAAGAAUGUUGAACAACAAUUUAAGUAUACACAGCCUGUCAUUUGUGUAAAUGCUACCUGUGCAAAUCGGGACCGAUGGGCCCUUCUUCGUCAAGAAAGCAAGUUUGCAGAUUGGCAGAGAGUUAGGAUGCAAGAAACCUCUAAAGAGAUACCUGCAGGGUCUCUUCCACGGUCCUUAGAUGUCAUUCUCCGUCACGAGAUUGUAGAGCAGGCAAGAGCUGGUGACAAAGUGAUAUUUACAGGCACAGUUGUUGUCAUACCAGAUGUAUCAGCCUUGGCCUCUCCUGGUGACAGAGCAGAGUCUCGCAGAGAAGGUCCUCAAAACCGAAGUGCUUCUGGUGGGUAUGAAGGAGUUCGUGGGCUUAAAGCUCUUGGUGUGCGAGAUCUUUCCUACCGUUUAGCAUUUAUUGCCAAUUCAGUUCAGUUGCAUGACAAGAAAAGAGGUUUUGAUUUCAGAGGAGCGAAAAAGGAUGGUGAGGAGGAUGAUACACCCCACUUCACGAUGGAAGAACGUGAUGAGAUACAGCAAAUGAGAAGCACCAUGGAUUUCUUUAAUAAAUUGGUAGAAAGUCUUGCACCGACUGUGUUUGGCCAUCAAGAGAUCAAGCGAGCUCUGUUGCUUAUGCUAAUAGGUGGUGUGCAUAAGCAGACUCAUGAGGGCAUCAAUCUCAGAGGGGACAUCAAUGUGUGCAUUGUUGGAGAUCCCAGUUGUGCCAAAUCACAGUUCCUCAAGUAUGCAUCAAGCAUUGUGCCUAGGGCUGUGUACACCUCUGGUAAAUCAUCAUCUGCUGCUGGGUUAACUGCCACAGUUGUGAAAGAGCCAGAAACUGGAGAGUUCUGCAUUGAGGCUGGAGCUCUGAUGCUGGCUGACAAUGGAAUUUGCUGCAUAGAUGAAUUUGAUAAAAUGGAUGUCAAGGAUCAGGUUGCAAUUCAUGAAGCCAUGGAACAACAGACAAUAAGUAUUACCAAAGCAGGCAUUCAAGCAACAUUAAAUGCUCGCACCUCAAUUUUAGCAGCUGCAAAUCCUACUGGUGGACGUUAUGACAAAUCAAAGCCCCUAAAGUACAAUGUAGCACUUCCUCCACCCAUUCUAUCCAGGUUUGACCUGAUAUAUGUGAUGAUAGAUGAGCCUGAUGAUCAAAUAGAUCACCAUAUUGCAGAUCAUAUUGUUAGAGUUCACCAAAAGCAUGAGGAGGCUUUGUCUCCAUCAUUUACCACUGCACAAAUUCAGCGCUACAUUGCUUAUGCGAAGACAGUAAAACCCACUUUGGGUCCUGAAGCAAGAAAGGUUCUAGUGGAUGCAUAUGUAUCCCUAAGACGAGAUGAUGCUGCACCUGGUAGUCGGGCUGCGUACAGAAUCACAGUGAGACAAUUGGAAGCUUUGAUAAGAUUAUCUGAGGCCAUUGCUCGUGUUCACCUAGAGUCCGAGGUGCGGCCAGCCCAUGUUCAUAUGGCAACAAGACUUAUAAACACGUCCAUAAUCAGUGUUGAUUCAAAGGAGAUUGAUCUGGCUGAUUUUCAAGAUGAUGACAACAAUAAUGAGCAACAGCCAGGUUCUGUAGCCCAGGAAGACCAACAAGAAACAAGGGAUAAUCAAGCUCCAGAAGGGGCAGCAGCACCAGCAGCAGAAGCUGGCGACCAACCAAAGCAGAAAAUGACAGUAACAUAUGAGCACUUCCAGAAGGUUACUCGGGCGCUUGUCAUGCGACUAAGACAACAUGAAGAAUCUGUUAAAGAUGAUGGUGGCUUGGCAGGUCUAAAACAAAAAGAUUUAGUCAAAUGGUACAUUGAAGAUCUGAACGCAGAGAGAGUUUUUGAUACCAUCAGUGCAUUGUACGAAGAGGUGAAAUGCGUGAAGUCUAUUAUACAGCAUUUGAUAAAUAGAGAGGGGGUCCUCUUGGUUCUGGAUGAUGGACCAGAGGGUCCACCAACAACUGGGGCUGAAGCUUCCGCCCAGUCAAAGCACAAUGAUGAGAGGAUAUUAGCAGUAAAUCCCAACUAUGUCUUGGAGUAGAUACCACCCUAUAUCAAGUGCAGAAUGAAUUCUCAAGUGAAGCAAAUAUUCAACCAAAGCUUCUUGCCUCAAUGGAGUUUCAUUUUACAAUGCAAGCAAUGGUGAAAGCAUAGAAACAGUUUUGUACUGUUUCAAAUUAUGAUUUUAGAUAAAACCUCAAGUGUGUACAUUCUCUUAUGGAAGGGAUUGUGUGGCACAUGGUCUCUUGUUCGAAUUCUUUCCCUAGAGAAGUUCGAGCAAAACCUAUCUGUACAAUGUUUUAUAGGCCUCGAGAGAUUUUCAAUUUUCCGGACAAGUACCCAGGUGACAUCUCUAUGUAGAGGGGGAGAAGCAGAUUCAAAGCAUCUACCCCCACAAAUUUAAUCAAGUUUUGAUGCUAUUUGAAAUAUAUCUAUUUUAGUAAGCUUUAAAUUUAA